CACGUCAUGGCGUUCUCUCUGAAAAACGAAGCCCGCAGGCCGGACAGCCCGGACCCGGAGACCCCCGCCCUGUCCACCUGCAGCAACGCGGACAUCUUCCGCCGGAUGAACACCAUGCUGGGCAACGCUCUGGAUUUCAGCGGUGUGUGCACCACCCCCACCAGCCACAACCACCACCACCAGCACCACCACCCCCACCCCAAGGGGAAGCCAGACCUGCUGUGUGAGUCGGAGCUGGCUGCGGUGGGCAGCAGGAGGAUGCUCUUCCCCAACAACAACAGCGGCGGCGUGCCCGGCUCCCGGGACGCGCCGCCGCCCAGGGGCCCCCCCGGCGUCGCCGACCUGGGCCUCGGCCUCCAGUCCCUGCGGCUGUCCGGCUGGGACCGACCGUGGAGCAGCCAGGACACGGAGGCCCUCCACUCCCCCUCGCAGGUCCACUCCAGCUCGCCCUCCAUGCUGGGGAUCCUCAACAGCCCCUUCAGCAGCAUCCUGGGGAAGCCCCACGGCUACUUGCCCCCCGAGUCCAUGAGCAUGACGGCCGACUUCCUGGAGAAGUUCCCCAGCAUGGCGCGCAUGGCCAGCCGCCUGGACUCCAGCUCGCUGCUGGACUCCCGCUCCAGCAGCCCGGAGGACUCGGAGACCAGCGGCUUCAGCUCCGGGUCGGACCACCUGUGUGACAUGCUGUCGACGCUGCGCAUUUCCCCCCCGCUGCCUUACCUGGCCUCCAGCAUGCAGAAGGAUCUGCUGCGUCUCAGCUCCCGCCUGGACCCGCAGGACUCCAGCUCCCCCAUGACCCCCCCUCCCAGCGCCAGUCCCACCUCCGCCAUCUCGCGCCGCUGGCGCAGCGCCAGCCCCUGGCCGGGGGCGGAGCUGCUGGACCAGUCGGACGACACGUUCAGCAUCGAGAGGGAGGCUCGUCUGCACCGACAGGCUGCAGCUGUGAACGAGGCCACGUUCACCUGGAGCGGUCAGCUGCCCCCCAGGAACAACAAGGACCCCCUCUACUCCUGCAAGGUCUUCCUCGGCGGCGUUCCCUGGGACAUCACGGAAGCCGGCCUGAUCAACACCUUCAGCGGCUACGGCCCUCUGACGGUGGAGUGGCCCGGUAAGGACGGGAAGCACCCGCGCUGUCCUCCCAAAGGUAAUGUGGCUAAAGGCUACGUUUACCUGGUGUUUGAGAACGAGAAGUCGGUGCGAGCUUUGCUCCACGCCUGCUCUCAGGACCCGUUCCACCCCGAGGACAACCGCGAGUACUACUUCAAGAUGUCCAGCCGCAGGAUGCGCUGCAAAGACGUGCAGGUGAUCCCCUGGGUGAUCUCCGACAGCAACUACGUGCGCUGCCCGGCCCAGCGUCUGGACCCCAGCAAGACGGUGUUCGUGGGCGCUCUGCACGGCAUGCUGAACGCCGAGGCGCUCGCCAGCAUCAUGAACGACCUCUUCGGGGGGGUCAUGUACGCCGGCAUCGACACGGACAAGCACAAGUACCCCAUAGGCUCUGGACGCGUGACUUUUAACAAUCAGCGCAGCUACCUGAAGGCCGUGUGCGCCGCGUUUGUGGAGAUCAAAACCCCAAAGUUUACAAAGAAGGUAGGAAAUCGACCCCGUAUCUGUGAGGACUCCAUGUGUCAAAGUUUGGCUUUCGCCAAACCCGGGGCUUUCUUCUGCAGAGACCAGGCCUGCUUCAAGUACUACUGCCGCUCCUGCUGGCACUGGCAGCACUCCAUGGACAUCCUGAGCAACCACCGGCCUCUCAUGCGCAACCAGAAGAACCGCGACUCCAGCUAGAGCCCCGGCCCGCAGCACUCUGAAGGGCCAGAGCGUAGAAGACCCCCCCCACCCACCCCUUGACAGGGCGGGGGGGCAAGGCUGCCCGCCAUGGAGAGGGAGCACGUGUGUCCGAUGGCCCUCGGCACGGGGGGCACCGCGGCACUCCACCGGGAAUCACUAGAGACGUUCACUCUUUUGCACUUUGCAUUUUUGCUGUUCACAGGGGCUUUGCACAGUGACCUUGUGGGGGGGGGGGCAGGGGGGGCAGCGGG